AUACUGCAUCCUUCCCUCUAGUUAAUUAAAUUUCGGAGGUGCUAGCUUCUCUAUAAAUUCCCACCAAAACCUUCUCCAAGCAAAACCAUAGAGCUUCCCAUUAUCUCUGCUCUCCACCCAAAAAGAAAGACCACAAAAAUGAGGAAGUUUGCCUGUUUCGGGAAGAAACUACAACACCUUUGUAACCAAUCUUUCCAUAAGUAUAUGUCCUCAACGUUUCAAGUCCUGGUCAGAAGAGUCAACUCCUUUUGUGUUCAACUAGGUUACUUCUUAAGUCUGUCCUUCUUGGGAUUUUUGGCCUUGAAAUUCUCAAAGCCAAGGGCAGCCUCCUCAGUGUCACUGCCUCUCAAGGACUUGGAUGUCUUCUUCACCUCUGUGUCUGCUGCCACUGUCUCCAGCAUGUCCACAGUUGAGAUGGAGGUUUUCUCCAACUUCCAGCUCAUUGUCAUGACCAUCUUGAUGUUCGGUGGUGGAGAGGUCUUCAUCUCCAUGAUUGGGCUUUAUCUCACGAGGUCCAACCUCCGCAGUGGAAGUAAAACUAUCGAAAGCAAAUCAUUAGACUCAGCACGAGAUGAUAGGGUCACGCAAUGCGCAAAAUCUGACUGGAAAAGUUUUUCAUGCCCUGUUGUUAACGACAAACCUACUUCUGUACGCUCUCUUGAGCUGCAGUCAGUGCCAACAGAGUAUAAUGACAAAACCGUGGCUGAUCCUGAAAAGGGGCCGGUUGUCGUCACCGACUUCCCAUGUGAUGCGCAUUUGAAGUAUAACUCGGUCAGGUGCUUGGGGCUCGUGGUGUUGAUCUUCCUCCUAGUCGCUCACGUCCUCGGUUCAUCUCUGGUAACGGCGUACAUAAGCACCGUCCCCAGUGCCCGAGAAGUUCUAAGAAACAAGGGCAUAUCGAUCCAAACGUUCUCAGUUUUCACAAUCGUGUCCACCUUUGCCAACUGCGGAUUUGUCCCGACAAACGAGAACAUGAUGGUGUUCAAGAACAACUCGGGCAUCCUCCUCCUCCUCAUACCCCACAUCCUCUUCGGGAACACCCUAUACCCGACCUGCUUGAGGUUGAUUCUUCAAGCACUUGAGAAGGCGACGAGGAGGGAAGAGUUCACGUACAUUUUGAGGAACUGGAGGGAGAUUGGAUACACGCAUUUGCUACCGAGCAUGCAUUCCUGGUUCCUGGGUCUGACUGUUCUGGUGUUUAUCGUGGUCCAGUUAGUGCUUUUCUGUUCGAUGGAGUGGAGAUCCGAUGUAAUGGAGGGCAUGAGUCCGUAUCAGAAGCUUGUGGGUGCUCUGUUUCAGACAGUAAACUCGAGGCACACCGGAGAAUCUGUAUUUGACAUCUCCACCAUAUCUCCAGCAAUCCUGGUACUCUUCGUCAUAAUGAUGUAUCUAGCACCAUAUACGUCCUUUUUGCCCAUAAAGGAAGGCGAUGGAAAAGAUCAGGCCAACUCAGGAAGAAAAGGAAGGUGGAGCCUAAUGGAAUGUCUGAACCUCUCACAGCUAUCAUACUUGAUCAUCUUCAUCAUUCUCAUAUGUAUCACCGAGAGAGAAAAGCUCAAGACUGAUCCUCUCAACUUUAAUGUGUUGAACAUCACCAUUGAAGUCAUAAGUGCCUAUGGGAACGUCGGAUUUACAACUGGGUAUAGUUGCAAAAGGCAAAUAAACCCAGAUGGUUCAUGCAAGGAUGCCUAUGUCGGAUUUGUAGGGAAAUGGAGCAACGAAGGAAAGUUUAUUCUCAUAGUUGUCAUGUUCUUUGGGAGGCUGAAGAAGUUCAACAUGGGAGGGGGCAAAGCCUGGAAACUUUUAGCAUAAUAUUAGCCCUAAUAGUAGCUACUAAUAGCAUCUACAUAUAUGGAUAUCUAUUAUCUAUUCUAUUACGUACAUAUAUAAAACUAAGAGCUCAUAUUUUGUUUCUCCACAUUUUAAAAUUCCUAAAUGCCCUUGCAAAGCCUGGAAACCUUUAGCAUAAUAUUAGCCCUAAUAGUAGCUAUCUAUAGCAUCUACAUACAUAUAUAUACACGCACACAUAAACAUAUGUACAAAACAGUUUAUGUAUAAUGUUCCACUAGUAGCUAUAUAUACACUUACCGUAACAUAUAUGUUAGCACAUUCUAAUUAACCGUGAAAUUAUUAGCAUCUGAGUGUAUAAGAUCCCUAUGCACCCAAUUCACAAGAUAUGAUUUAGCUGGCUUAUCAAAAGAUGUCGUGAUUCAGGAGCCCUGCAGCCGAUCAAAUUUGUGGAUAUUUGUUCUCCUUGGGCUAAUAUAAGUGUUUGUGUGUGCGUGUGCGUAUGCGUGUACGUUAUCUUUUUUUGGUUUUUGGGGUUUUGGAAUUGGAGAAAUGUAGUAAUCUGAUUUCACAGCUUCGCCACUUCUCGAUCUUUUGCUUUGUCUGAAUGUUCUUUAUAUCUCUGUUGAACGUCAUUUUUGUCA